AGGAAGGGCCGCUCUCCGGCCGCAUCCGCACUUGUGACAGGGCGGCCCCUCCCUCUCCCGGCGGCGGCCGAACCCUCGAGAAAGGGGCCGAGCUCGGCCCGCCCUCCUGGCUCUGAGCGGGUCCGGCGCGUGCUCCGCCGGCAGUUCUGGUAUGAGUUGCUAAAACCAUGGUGAAAUGUUGCUCGGCCGUUGGAUGUGCUUCUCGCUGUUUACCAAAUUCCAAGCUAAAAGGACUGACAUUUCACGUAUUCCCCACAGAUGAAAACGUCAAAAGAAAAUGGGUAUUAGCAAUGAAAAGACUUGAUGUGAAUGCUGUAGACAUUUGGGAGCCUAAAAAAGGAGAUGUGUUGUGUUCAAGGCACUUUAAGAAGACAGACUUUGACAGAAGUACUCCAAAUAUUAAACUGAAACCUGGAGUCAUACCCUCUAUCUUUGAUUCCCCAUCUCACUCACAGGGGAAAAGAGAAAAUCUUCAUUGUAGGAAAAACUUCACCCUCAAAGCCCUUCCAGUCACAAACCACAAUCACCAGCUUGUUGGUGCUUCCUCGUGUAUCGAAGAAUUCCAGUCCCAGUUCAUUUUUGAACAUAGCUACAGUGUGAUGGACAGUCCAAAGAAACUUAAGCAUAAAUUAGAUCAAGUGAUCAGCGAGCUAGAGGAUACCAAGAAAAGUCUGCGGAAUGUUUUAGGCCGAGAAAGACGUUUACAAAAAUCAUUGAGGAAGACAAUCAGGGAAUUAAAGGAUGAAUGUCUCAUCAGCAAAGAAACAGCAAAUAGACUGGAAGCUUUCUCUUGGGAGUGGUGUCAGGAGAGCAUAGAACAAGACUAUAUUUCAUGAAAUAAUUUCAUGUUAUGUUCUACCUAAAAUUGUUAUUGGUACAGCUUUUCAGAAAAUGAUUACCAUCAUUAAAUAAUAUCUGUCA